GUCAGUGCCAGGAGUAGAACGCGAUGAUCCUUGUGGGUCCUUUCCAGCUCGGGUGAUCCCACGGCUCUAUCCCAUGACUGCAGCUGCAGGACAUUAGCUUCAGACGGUUGCCAGCCGAGCCGGGCGCGCGGGCUGCCCUGCCGAGGCACCAUGGCUUUCAGCAAGGGGUUCCGAGUGUAUCACAAGCUGGACCCGCCUCCCUUCAGCGUGAUGGUGGAGACCAGGAGCAGGGAGGAGUGCCUCAUGUUCGAGUCCGGAGCCGUGGCUGUCCUCUCCUCUGCAGAAAAGGACACAAUCAAGAACACGUACUCCAAAGUCAUGGAUGCAUACGGGCUCUUGGGCGUGCUAAGGUUAAACCUCGGGGACACGCUGCUGCACUACCUGGUGCUGGUGACGGGGUGCAUGUCCGUGGGCAAGAUCCAGGACUCGGAGGUGUUCCGGGUGACGUGCACCGAGUUCGUGUCGCUGCGCGCGGACCCUGCGGACGAGGACCGCGUCUCCGAGGUGCGCAAGGUGCUCAACUCGGGCAGCUUCUACUUCGCCUGGUCUGCCACGGGGGUCAGCCUGGACCUGAGCCUCAGCGCCCACCGCAGCAUGCAGGAGCACACCACUGACAACAGGUUCUUCUGGAACCAGUCCCUGCACUUGCACCUGAAGCACUACGGGGUGAGCUGUGACGAGUGGCUGCUGCGGCUCAUGUGUGGGGGCGUGGAGAUCAGGACCAUCUACGCCGCUCACAAGCAGGCCAAGGCCUGUCUCAUCUCCCGGCUGAGCUGCGAGCGGGCGGGCACCCGCUUCAACGUGCGCGGCACCAACGACGACGGGCACGUGGCCAACUUCGUGGAGACGGAGCAGGUGAUCUAUUUGGAUGACUCUGUGUCAUCUUUCAUACAGAUUCGAGGAUCUGUUCCAUUAUUUUGGGAGCAGCCAGGACUGCAGGUGGGAUCCCACCGUGUCAGGAUGUCAAGGGGCUUUGAGGCGAAUGCACCGGCUUUUGACAGGCAUUUCCAAACACUUAAAAAUUUAUAUGGCAAGCAAAUUAUUGUAAAUUUACUGGGGGCAAAGGAAGGGGAGCACAUGCUCAGCAAAGCCUUCCAGAGCCAUUUGAAAGCAUCUGAACAUUCAGCUGAUAUCAAAAUGGUGAACUUUGACUAUCACCAGAUGGUUAAAGGUGGAAAGGCAGAGAAACUACACAGCGUGCUUAAACCUCAAGUCCAGAAAUUCUUGGAGUGUGGAUUUUUCUAUUUUGAUGGGAAGGAAGUGAAAAGGUCCCAGAGUGGCACCGUCAGGACCAACUGCCUGGACUGCCUGGACAGGACCAACAGCGUGCAGGCCUUCCUGGGCCUGGAGAUGCUAACCAAGCAGCUGGAGGUGCUGGGGCUGGCUGAGAAGCCUCAGUUAGUGACUCGCUUCCAGGAGGUUUUCCGAUCCAUGUGGUCUGUCAAUGGGGAUUCUGUCAGUAAGAUCUAUGCUGGAACUGGAGCCCUUGAAGGAAAAGCAAAGGCUGGGAAGCUGAAGGAUGGUGCUCGUUCUGUGACCAGAACGAUCCAAAAUAACUUUUUUGAUAGCUCCAAGCAGGAGGCCAUUGAUGUUUUGUUGUUGGGAAAUACCCUAAAUAGUGAUUUAGCAGAUAAAGCACGGGCUCUGUUAACCACCAGCAGUUUACGCGUUUCAGAGCAAUCAUUGCAAUCAGCAUCUGUGAAAGUGCUGAAGAGCAUGUGUGAGAACUUCUACAAGUAUGCCAAACCCAAGAAGAUCCGGGUGUGUGUGGGGACGUGGAACGUCAACGGGGGGAAGCAGUUCCGCAGCAUUGCCUUCAGAAAUCAAACCCUCACUGACUGGCUGCUGGAUGCACCCAAGUUGGCUGGGAUCCAUGAAUUCCAAGAUCGCAAAAACAAACCUGUGGACAUAUUUGCCAUUGGAUUUGAAGAAAUGGUGGAGUUAAAUGCAGGAAACAUUGUGAACGCCAGCACCACGAACCAGAAGCUCUGGGCUGCAGAGCUGCAGAAGACCAUCUCCAGGGAUUACAAGUACGUGCUGCUGGCCUCAGAGCAGCUGGUGGGCGUCUGCCUCUUUGUGUUCAUCAGGCCCCAGCACGCUCCCUUUAUCAGGGAUGUUGCUGUGGAUACUGUCAAGACUGGCAUGGGAGGAGCCACGGGGAACAAGGGGGCCGUGGCCAUUCGGAUGCUGUUCCACACCUCCAGCCUUUGCUUUGUGUGCAGUCACUUUGCUGCAGGCCAGUCCCAGGUCAAGGAGAGAAAUGAAGACUUUGUAGAGAUUUCUCGCAAGCUUGGCUUUCCAAUGGGAAGGAUGCUCUUCUCCCAUGACUACAUUUUUUGGUGUGGGGACUUCAAUUAUCGAAUAGAUCUGCCCAAUGAGGAGGUGAAGGAGCUGAUCCGACAGCAGAACUGGGAUCCCCUCAUAGCAGGAGACCAGCUCAUCAACCAGAAAAACUCUGGGCAGAUUUUCAGGGGAUUUCUGGAAGGGAAGAUCAAUUUUGCCCCCACGUACAAGUAUGACCUGUUCUCUGAUGACUAUGACACGAGUGAGAAGUGCCGCACACCGGCGUGGACGGACCGGAUCCUCUGGAGGAGGAGGAAAUGGCCCUUUGACCGAUCAGCUGAAGACCUGGAUCUCCUGAAUGCCAGUUUCCACAGUGACACUAAUGUCCCUUACACAUGGAACCCUGGCACUUUGCUGCACUACGGGAGAGCAGAGCUGAAAACAUCUGAUCACAGGCCUGUGGUUGCACUGAUUGACAUUGACAUAUUUGAAAUUGAAGCGGAAGAGAGACAGAAAGUGUACAAGGAGGUGAUUGCAACGCAAGGUCCCCCUGAUGGCACUGUGAUGGUCUCCAUCAGUUCUUCAGCUGAAGAAAACUAUUUUGAUGAUAACUUGAUCGAUGAUCUUCUUCAAAAAUUCGCAAGCUAUGGCGAAGUUAUACUUAUAAGGUUUGUGGAAGACAAGAUGUGGGUAACAUUUUUGGAAGGAAGCUCUGCUCUGAAUGUUAUGAAUUUGAAUGGUACUGAGCUACAAGGAAAGAUUAUAAAUAUCAACUUGAAAAAUCCAGAUUGGAUCAGAAGUUUGGAAGAUGAAAUGAAUCUAGAGAAGAUUAAUAUUGGGCUGCCUUCAUCCACAAGCUCCACUUUGCUUUGUGAAGAUGCUGAGGUUACUGCAGACUAUGACAUGGAAGGAGACGUCGAUGACUACAGCGCUGAAGUGGAAGAAAUCCUUCCCCAGCACCUGCAGCCGACGUCGAGCUCCGGGCUGGGCACGUCCCCGAGCUCCUCCCCGCGCUCCAGCCCCUGCCAGUCCCCGACGCUGCCCGAGGGCCCCGCGCUGCCGGCCAGGCCCAGCCGGGCCCCGGGCAAGGUUCCUGGGCCCCCUGUGUCCUCACAAGCUGAGUUGCAGGCUGGUGCCCAGCAGAAGGAGCCUCCUGCGCAGAGCCUGGAGCCCAAGCGCCCUCCGCCCCCUCGGCCCGUGGCGCCUCCUGCCCGCCCGGCUCCGCCGCAGCGCCCGCCCCCGCCCUCAGGCGGUAGGAGUCCUGCACCUGCUAGAAAGGAAUUUGGAGGUCUUGGAGCUCCUCCCAGUCCUGGGGUAGCUAGGAGAGAAGUAGAAGCACAAAAAAGCCCUGGAACACAAAGAAAAGAUACCUUAGCUCGGACUCAGCCUCCACCCUCGGCGGGUACAGCCAGACCGACCGUUCCUCCCCGAGCUGGAGUUAUCAGUGCCCCACAAAGCCAUGUCCGUCCCUCGGGGGCACGACCGGCACCGGAGGCGCAGCCCAAGGCAGCGGAACCACCACGGGGCUCGCCGCUGCUCCCUGAGCCCCUGAAGCCGCAGGCUGCGGGCCCUGCCCAGCCCAGCCCCGCUGUGCUGAGGAUGCAGGAGCCCCUGGUGCCCGUGGCAGCCCCGCAGAGCCUGGAGCCCCCGCAGCCGCCGCCGCGCAGCCGCUCCUCUCACAGUUUGCCUUCGGAACCUGCUCCCUCCCAGCAGCACCAGAAUCCCAACGGGACACACGGCACUAACCCUGAACCCCAGCUCAGCAGUGACCCUUUUGAAGACCUGUCAUUCCAGCUGCUCGUGUCCAAGAUGCAGAGUUCUGUCCGAACAUCACCCGCUCCAACCUCAAACCAGAAGGAGUUGAUACAGUUGCCUUCAGUAAGGCAAAGAAAUGCGGAGAAUUCGAAUCCUGUAAAUUGCAUGUCAGCAACACCUCCUAUUCCAACCUUCCACUCAUCCCAGGAACAUCAGCGCAGCUCUCCAAACCCAUUUAUUACUGGGCUGAACUGCUCGAAUCCAUUCACAGAAAGAACUCCUAGUGCUGGGAACCCAUUUAGGACGGAGACACGGGAGUCCAGGAUCCCCUCACAGGCACUGGCAGGAGCUGCUGCUCCCCACCCAUUCCCUGUUCUGCCCCCGCCCGGCUGUGGCACAAGCAAGCCUCUGUUUCCUGUGGGUGCAGCCGCAAGCGCCUUUUGCCUGCGCAGUAAAUCUCUCAAGGUGGAGAACGUGCAGCCCAGGGGCUGGGUGACGUUUGACGAGGACGAGAACUUCCCCACCAAGCUGAAGCCAUCCGCCAGCGUCCCGGAUUUUACACAGCUCGGCCCCGGGAAACCGGCCGGGUGCCCGGCCCUGCUGGGAGCUGAGCACAAACCCUUCCUCGGUUCGGACUUUGCCUUGGAUGGUGGCUGGGGUCAAAGUGCUGCUGACUGCUUCUGCACGCUGCCAGCCAGAAAGCCACCUGCCCCCCCUGUGCCAUCCAGAGCAGGCAGCCACAGGUGCCCUGCAGAGCCCUCCCUGGCACCCAGGGUGUCACCAAGCCAUGGCUUCACAGAGAGAUAGAUAGGUGGCUGGAGAUGCAGAAGGUUGUAUUUGUUUCAUGGUUUUACAGACAGAUAGGUGGCCAGAGACGCAGAAGGUUGUAUUUGUUCCUACGUUUUAUCCAGUAGAAUAAUUGGGCAUUUGAGAUUAUUCUGUGUGCAAUAAUUAAUUGUUAAAUGCACUGAAACUUAACUCUGCUCGUAAACAGCCACUUCAGCUUGUGUAUAAACUUUGAAUGUGUAUAUAUGGUAGAGCACAAAAAAUGGUCAGAAGUUUAUGGAAAUCUCGGUGUAAUAGUAUUUGAAUAGACAAAGAGAAGAAGGGUGAGCUACUGUCUCACUAAAACCUGUCAAUCCUGGACACAGAUUUUGCUUAGGGAGCUCUUUCGUUUCUGUUCUCCUCUGUGGAAUUCCACAAGAAGAGGCUCCCUGCUGGCAGCCUCUCCCCUCCCUUUUGACCAUUUUGUUAGUUGAUAUUUAUAAGUAUUUACCAAAGAGCUGCCAAAGUUUAUGGAGAUUUGAAUGUUGACAAGUAUUGUUUAGAAGCUGUUUAAUUUAUAACAGAGGCUAUGGGUAUUUGUAAGGCUUAUAUUUGAAUUUGAGGCACAACGAAAAUAGUUUACUUUCGAAAUAGAAACAAAACUUUGCAUAUUAAUAUAUUCAAUUAAUCUCCUGUGUCAGUACAUUUCAGUUGUUAGAUCCUAUUGUGACCUACACUCACUAGCACUAAUUCAGAAUAAUUGUUUCAUAUCAUCCAUUUAUUCAUUACUGGUUUAACUAUACUUUUUUUUUUUUCCGCAAACUGGAAACAGCUGAUACAGCAAGCUUUUCCUCAACCUCUGGAAAACCCCCCUCGGCUUUUGAGAUACAAAGCAGUAUUUACCAGUUGCAGGCCAUGUAGUGUGCCAGCCAGGGGGUGAACAGCACACUUGGAUUGUAUUUAGAGUAGUGCAAUAUCCCAGGGCAGCACGCUUUGGAAAGCCUCAAACGCUCUCACAACAUGAUCCAUGAAAUAAUCCAUGACAUAAUCCACGAUUCCUUCGGACAGCCCUGGCUAGCCACGAGCUGCAGCCGCCUAGAGGAGUGAUAGUGAGUUUCUAUUGCGCUUUUUCUGUUCAGGUCAUUCCAGUUGUACACUUGGAACAGCAGUGGUACUUACGUGUGCUUCGGUGUGUGAGUUCCUUGUUUCACGCUGUCGCUGCAGACAUCCAGCAGUGUGGUUGAUGUUUUGGUAUAUCCUUACGUUAGCAAGCCAAAUUCAGGGGGGAACUUUUGCUAGUGGGAGUCACGUGAUAAAAUAUGUUGUCGAAUAUUUAAUGGCAGUGAUUAAAAACUAUCUGUCUGAACUGUA